AUGUUGAGAAAGGCUGUCUCCCUGCAGCCCGUGGAGAUCCAUGGUGGAGCAAAUACCCAUCUGCAGCAUGUGGAGAACCUCAUGCCAGAGCAAGUGGGUGAGACCAAAGUAGUUUGUGACCCCAUGGGAAUCCCCACGCUGGAGCUGGUUUGCUGGCUGGACUUGGGACCCCCGUACUGGAGCCGUUUGUUCCCUCCAACAUCAAAAUCAGUGGAUGUAUUCCAUGAAAAUAUAAAAAAAAUACACCAUGAUUUGAAGCUGCAAGAUAACUCCAAGACUGCAUUGCAGAAAGCUGACAAUGCAAAGAAGGAAAAGAAGAUUGUACACCGCUUGUUGUACCCACACUCGGUUUUGUUCAAACGCUGGGGUACGGAUUUAAGUGAAGAGGAGCAAACUGUUGCGCAGAAUCUGUUCGUAAAAUAUGGGUAUAAUGUUUAUCUCAGUGAUCAUCUACCUCUGGAUCGACCUAUCAAAGACACCAGAUCUCCCAGCUGUAGGAUGAAAACAUAUCCAAAAGACCUUCCAACACUCAGUGUUGUGCUUAUCUUUAUGAAUGAAGCACUGUCAAUCAUCUUACGUGCAAUUACCAGUAUAAUUAACAGAACACCACCUCAUUUAUUGAAAGAAAUCAUCCUGAUUGAUGAUUGCAGUUCAAAUGAUGAUCUGAAAGGACCUUUGGAAACACACAUGAAAAAUUUCAAUGCAAAGCAUCCUGGGCUGCUGAAGAUUGUCAGGCAUGAGGAAAGAAAAGGCUUAACACAAGCCCGGAUUUCUGGCUGGGAGGCAUCCACAGCAGAUGUUGUUGCAAUUUUGGAUGCCCAUAUUGAAGUGAACGUGGCAUGGGCUGAACCCAUUUUGUCUCGAAUAAAAGAAGACCGGACUGUUAUAAUAACACCAGUGUUUGACAACAUUCGUUUUGAUGACUUUGAGCUUGUUCAGUAUUCAGUGGCUGCAGAUGGAUUUGACUGGGCACUCUGGUGCCUUUAUGAACCUUUACCAGUGGAAUGGUAUAAUCUUAAAGAUGAAACAGCUCCAGUCCAGAGCCCAUCUAUAAUGGGGAUUCUUGCUGCAGAUAGGAAAUUUCUGGGUGAGAUUGGUGUACUGGAUGGUGGAAUGCACAUAUAUGGAGGAGAAAAUGUGGAACUUGGCCUGAGAGCCUGGCAAUGUGGUGGGAGAGUUGAAGUGUUGCCCUGUUCAAGAAUUGCUCAUUUGGAAAGAGCUCACAAGCCUUACCUGCUGGACCUCAGCACUGCAGUGAAACGCAAUGCCUUGCGGGUAGCUGAAGUGUGGAUGGAUGAAUACAAGUACAUGGUCUACUUUGCAUGGAAUCUGCCAAUUGAGAAUCCUGGAAUAGACUAUGGAAAUAUUUCUUCCAGAAUAGAGCUAAGGAAAAAACUGAACUGUAAAGGCUUUGACUGGUACAUAAAAAACAUUUAUCCUAAUUUAAUAUAUCUUCCCAACAUUGUUGGCUAUGGAACAAUGAUAAACACACUGAAAGAAGACAUCUGUAUUGAUCAAGGCCCUGUCCCUGGAAACACACCCAUUAUGUAUUCCUGCCAUAAAUACUCACCACAGCACAUCUUUUAUCACAGCACUGGAGAAAUGUAUGUUGGAGGCUUGCAUGCCCGAAGAAACACAGUUGAUAGAUGCUUAACAGACCCUGGGAAGGGGGACCUGCCAGUUUUAGAGCAAUGUGACACAGCUGUCAAUAAAGGCCUGAACUUGCACUGGGAUUUUAAGCAGGGAUCAGCUGUAAUCAACAGGAGCACUAAAAGAUGCCUUGAAAUUGAAGCAAACAAUGCAGCUUCAUACAAACUUAUAGUACGGACCUGCACAGGACAAAGGUGGAAUAUCCAACACACGGUUAAGGACUGGGGAAAAUAA